UUGUUUAGCUGGGUCUCUGAACGACUAGCUAAAAAAUAGCUUUACGUACGUAGGUUGGUCAUAACUAUCUUUCUUUAAGUUACAUUACAGCUGAACGGGAGCAGCCUCGUUUCUACCAGCUAGCUUAAACCUGUUGAUACUAGACUGCUUGCGUUCAGCAGUAAUUUAACCAUGUGUAGGUAGUAACGACCAGCCUAUGUACGUUAAGCUAUUUCGAGCUAGUUGUUCGACUUAUAAAAUUAAUCUAAUUUGCGCAGCAGUAAGUUUUAGCUAAGGGUAGCUAGUAGCGACCAGCCUUUGUGCAUAAAGCUAUUUUUAGCUAGUCGUAGGGUACCGAAUAAAAUUUUUAGUCAGAGCCCUCUGUUUAAAUAAACAUACAUUUUUAUGGGUAUAGAAAAUUUGGCCAUAAUUGAUGGCCACCAGCUAACUUACAACGUUGGAGGCUAAUUAAAGCAAAAUUUUGGAGUGGUAAGCACUGGCUGCUGCUGUUAAUUUUACUUUAGUUUGGUUGUCAUUUUCGUGGGAAAAAUCCAAGUGUAACUGCCCUACCCAGGCCCUACCCAAUUCAAUUGAAACAGAUUGAAUACAGUAAAUUUAAAAUCUCCAAAUGAAAAUUCUCAUUGUUUUCUUUUAAUUUGCAAUUUUUUACGGUAAUUUCAUUUUUACUCCAUUUAUUGCUGGUUUUUAAAAAAUAAUCGAAAACACAAUCUGGCAACGCUUUCAAUUUUUGGCGCUCAGGCAUUUCCAGCUGCCAUUAUUCUAGUUCACUUUCGUCUCCAUGACGCGUUUUCUUUUUCGACGUGUGAAGUAGUUUAUAGUUUUGACUUAUCAGGAAUCGUUUUCCUAACAAUAUUGGAAAAAUGGGAAACCCCACAAUUCACGUUCUCGUUUGCUGCUUUAAAAAAGGUAAAACAGAGCUAGGUAUUGGGACUAUGGAUUCCAUAGUCUUUCCCAAAACAUUCGUGUCGCUUCCAAACCUUGAAGACAAGAUUCGCAUGCUCAAAGAGUUCAUUUCUGGGAAGACUGAUGUUGCUUUAAACUUCCCCAAGCACAGUGUUUCAGGUGAAGACCCAUCGAUCCAAUUGGAACUGAGAGCUGGGCAUGUAAUUACAUUCUCAGGUGAAGACAUGGAGGUGUUAGAAAUAACUCGUGAUGCAAUGAUGAAAUCUAAACCAAAAUCUGCACGCUCCACCAAAAUCUUGCACUCAACUCCAAAAUCCCAAGUGGCCCCCAAACCUGUUGCUUCUGUUUCAUAUGCCAAGAAGUCUUUGCCUCCAACAGUUGGGGAUACUUCAAAUUCAGAACCCAUAGAUAACAACAAGAGAAAAACAACGAAAAGAAAUCCAUCAAGAAGCAAAGAUCAACCAAUCCAUCAAGCAAUCAAACCAACAGCUGAUGAAGUCAGUGAUUUGGGUGUUAGUGCUCUACCAUCAUCUGAAAGCGAAGAAUCAGACUCUGGUAAUGAAGAAGUAGAUUGGCUGGCUCCAUCUCCUCGUACCCGCAACAAAAUCCCCCGGACUGAUGAUCGCUGUAUUGGUGGCAGUGCCUCAAGUAAUGGUGCCGUUCACUCGGCCGUUCAUCGCAAUGAAGUUAUUCUGACUCCUCCAGUAUCUCGGUGUAACACGCCAUCAUCUUUCCGAACUCCUUAUUGCCUUUAUUCCUUACUGCCUUAUUGUUUCCCUCAUCAACUUAGCAAUAUGUUUGCUGUUACACCCCUCUACAAGCUGCCAGUUAUGUGCCUUAUUGUUUCCCUCCAACUUAGCAAUAUGUUUGCUGUUACAUCCCUCUACAAACUGCCAGUUAUGCGCCUUUUGUUUCCCUCGUCAACUUAGCAAUAUGUUUGCUGUUAAACUCCAUUUGUGUCAUGCUGUAUAACCUAGUCUUUGCAUUUUAAUCUCGUCGUCAAAUACAAAGAAAUUUGAACUCA